AUAGAUAGCAUGGAACCACACAUAAGCAAAGAAGAAAUGUCGAAUAAAAAUAUAUUAGCGUGAGCAUAAAAACAAAAACGCAUUAGAGAGAUACACUCUCUGUCGUGUUUUUUCUCUUCUUUUUGACAAGUGACAGUGUAAUGAUAGUAAAAACUACACUGAAAUUUUUCAAACGCAAUCAAUCAAAAACCCACAACACAGUUAAAUUGUGUCAGCGUCCGUCUGGAUGUUGUGAUUAAAACCAGUAAAUGGGUUUUCAAACUAAAAAGGCACAUAAAAAUAAAAACAAAUUGGACGAUCACUUUGGUCGGAGGCAUUUUUGUUUUGACAAUAAUCAAUCGAACAUUGUGUCAUAUUCCUAAGCGCGGUCGAUUGUUUCUUUUUUGUUUUCAUUAUUAUUUUUUCUAAUUGUUUUUUUUCUUCUUCGUCAUUUCACUUCGGUUGGUUUUUGCCUUUUUUCCUUUUCGGUUUCAACAUUCAUCAAAGAUCGCCUGAACAGCUCGUUUGUUCAAUUUUUCCCACAAAUCACUUUUCUACGACGUGCAACGAAUUCGUAAAUAGAGUUUCACUCCGACAAGGGAAUAUAUACGUAUAGUAGAUCACAAAUCGCAACGCAUAUUCAAUACGAGGUGCGCCAUGAAUAUUUGUGAUAACAAUUUAUUCGGAAAUGGAUUAUUAUAUGUAACAUUUAAUCAAGAUCAAGGGUGUUUUGCAUGUGCAACAGAUAAUGGUUUCCGAAUAUACAAUGUAGAUCCAUUAAAAGAGAAAGAGCGGCACAUAUUUUCGGAGGGGGGCCUUGGCCACAUCGAGAUGCUGUUCCGCUGUAAUUACUUAGCGCUUAUUGGUGGCGGCAUUCGAUCAUUGUAUCCACAGAAUAAAGUGAUUAUUUGGGAUGAUUUUAACAAGGCACCUACAUUUGCACUUGACUUUGAUACUCCAGUCAAAGCAGUUCGUUUGAGACGUGAUCGAAUUGUCGUUGUAUUAGAGGGUCUAAUCAAAGUUUUUACAUUUACAUCGAAACCACAACAAUUGCACGUAUUCGAAACGAAUUCAAAUCCACUUGGACUGUGCGUUCUCUGUCCCAGCAGCAAUAAACCAAUUCUAGCCUAUCCAGCCCGCAUGAAUGGUCACGUGUCGAUCGUCGAUUUAGCUAAAACAGAUCGUACUCCACUUGAGAUUAUUGCGCAUGAGUCAGCCGUUACAUGUUUAGCACUCAACAUUCAAGGCACACGUCUGGCCACAGCCGGCGAACGUGGCACAUUGAUUCGCAUUUUUGACACAAGUGAUGGCACUAAAUUGGCAGAACUUCGCCGUGGAACACAUCAUGCAAAGAUCUAUUGCAUCAAUUUCAAUUUGGAAUCAACGAAAAUUUGUGUAUCAUCUGAUCAUGGAACCAUUCAUAUUUUCAACAUAGAAGAAACACGAACAAAAGAUCAGGGUCUGCAAAUUUUGCCGAAAUACUUCAAUGAUUCAAGAUCAUUUUGUAAAUUCUCGGUGCCACAAGGAGCGCCCAGCAUUUGUGCAUUUGGCCCGGAUGGCAAUUCUGUAAUCGUGUUGUGUGCAAACGCAUCAUACUACAAGUUUAGUUUUAAUUCCAAAGGAGAAUGCACAACGGAUGUUUGUACACAAUUUUUAGAGUUGAGUGAUGAGCACACAUGAACGCCUUCCAACAUUUAAGUAUAACAUUCAAUUAUGAAUGGUUAUCCACAACAUACACAACACACAAACAUUACAAUUUAAAUUAUUUUUUUACGAAAGAGCUUAUUUUUAAAUGACUGACAACUGGGUGGACGCUCAUCCAUUCGGUAGUGAUGAAUGCAAGUGCAAGAAUGGAAUAUGGAAUCUGAGAGAUGAAAUUAUGCACUUUUAACAUUUGCCCCUCUGUUUUUUUUUUUUAUUUCAUUCAAUGAUUGAUAAUUUAUAUACUUACUUUUUAUAGUUCUUUCCCAAAGUACGUAAUUUACCUUCGAUCAUGGGUGAAAGUUUUCUCCAUGUUAGAUUUUUUGAUAAUAGGGCAAGAUAUAAAUCGGAAGCGUACCAAUAUUGUUGACGAAGAAACUAUUUUUAACUCGUUUAGAUGAACGUGCAUUUUUACGUAAAACUUUUUUUUGCUCAUACCUCUUCAUAAAUAUGUUCAAUGAGACCGAAAAGAACACAAUUCUUUGAGAAAAAAAUAUGAGAUGAACAAUGAUGAUAAUUAGAAAUAUGAGAGAAAAAAAAUAUAUGAAUUUUUAUCACAAAUUAAUUGGCUAUAUUUUGCGUGAAGAAACUUUUCGAAUAAAGUGGGAAGAAUGUUAAAAAGUUAAA